CACUACAAAAAAAAAAAACGAGAAAUGAAUCGACGCUUGUGAAGUAACACCAUGUCGGACGAUUGCCGAGAAAACCACAGCUACCGCAAAAUCAAACGAGCUAGAGAUUCAACCAACGGUGUGGAUUCCAUCAGCUCUCUACCCGACGUGAUCCUCCAACACAUCUUCUCUCUAAUCCCGACAAAAUACGCAAUCAGAACCUCCGUCUUGUCCAAGCGAUGGAAGCACGUAUGGUCAGAAACACCUUCUCUCGACAUCGAUUGCUACAGAUACAAACCCGAUUCGGUCUACGAAACCAUAGCUAGAAGAUACUCAUCUCCCAAAAUCACGACCUUUCGUCUCUCCAUCAGCACCACCGAGGCUAAACCUAAACAGAUCGACAGCUUGAUCGAGUUCGCCGUGUCUCGCAGCACGGAGAAGCUGUCUCUAGAGCUCCGUCAUGCUUACGCUGUGGCUUACCGUUUCCCCGAGGUCUUCUUCACCAGCUGCUCUUUAAAACAGCUCUUUGUCGAAUCGGGAACUAUCGAUACGAUUCCUGGACACGUCACCGUGUCUUGGAGAUCUUUAAAGACAUUAUCUUUGAGAGGCUGUGUGCUUUCUGAUGAGGCAUGUGCCAAGAUCCUUUCUGGCUCUCCGCUUCUCGAAUGCUUGACGUUGUUUUGUGAUAAACUCGAGCGUCUUGAUCUCAGCGAGUGUCUGAUGUUAAAGAGGUUGGAUGUUCAAUGCUGGGAGCAAGAGCUGCAGAUUGUGGCGCCGCGUAUCAGUUUUUUGAGUUUGACUCAUAGUGAUGAGUCAAAAUGUGAGUUAGCGGACGUCUCUUCUUUAACGGAAGCUAACGUGAACAUCUACUGUUCCAGACGUCUUGGUUUCUUGUACGAUGACUUUGGCGAUCCGGAGACUGGUUUAGCUGAUUCGCUUCAAGUGUUGAUCCUCCAGACGCUUGAGAAGUUGCAGAGCGUGGAGAAACUUACUUUGUGUGGAGCUUUCUGUCUUCAGAUCUUAUCUCUUGCCGUCGUUUGUGGUGUUACUUUUCCGAUGUUCAAGAAGAUGGAAGCUUUGACUCUUGAAAUGGCUAUCUAUCCAUCUAUUGUUCCUGGUGUAGCAAAGCUGCUACAAAACUCGCCAAGAUUAAAGACUAUCAAAUUUGAGACAGUUGACUGCAAAAUGUUAGAGGAGACUCGUCUUACCAACUACUUGUAUUGGAAAGGCUUGGAAACGCGUCAAUGUUGGAAACCGAAAGAUUUGGACGGCUCUGAACCGGAACUCAUGAGUUCUGUCAUGAAAUUUCUGCUGAAAAAAAGUGGAGACGAUUGGUAUAAGUAAUCAAAAUUUAUGUGCCAAAGUGGAGUUCAAAAGAGGUGAACUUAAGCAGCUGAGGGAAAUACGGAAUCUUUGGACAUUGCCUUCUUAGGACAACAAUGAUCGAACCCACAAUCUUGCAAUGACUGGUCUUACGCCAGAUGUUAAAUAUUCAUAGCUAAGACUGACUUCUUUUUUUCCAUAGCUAAGACUUCAACAUCAUAAUAAUAUGUUACGAGAACGGCAUAAUAAGGAGUUGAUCUAAGAGAUGAAACAUGAGAAAACUUGUUGGAAAACUAAACAUAAGACUCCUAGAAAAUAAAUGUUUAAACUCAGUUCUGGAAUUUUAAAGUAGAAUAGAACAGAACAAUAUGAGUUUGUUUUCAAAAGAUAGUUAUAAAAAUCAAAAACAAAU